UCUGUACGUCUUUACGAUCUCUGGUCUUGCCUCUCUGUGUAUCUAACUCUCAAAAUGCCUUUGGCACCUCCUUCCUCCGCUAUUCACGUAAAAAAUGCCACGCCUGGAUUCCUCUCAACCCCUGGACGGACACCAAGCUCUGUGACAAUUCACCCUGUUGCCCUUUUCUCCAUCCUCGAUCAUUACCUUCGCCGCACCGAUGAACAAGACAGAGUUAUCGGAACUUUGCUUGGAACGCGUUCGGAUACUGGAGAGAUCGACGUGCGGUCGUCGUUUGCUGUGCUUCACAGCGAGACGGCAGAGCAAGUCGCGGUCGAUAUGGAAUACCAUCAGACUAUGUAUGAACUACACCAUAAGGUGAACCCAAAGGAGGUCAUUGUUGGAUGGUAUUCAACAGGAUCUAACCUCAAUACCUACUCCGCGCUUAUCCAAAAUUUCUACUCGCAAGAAACUGCACCACACCAAGCAAUCCACAUUGCGGUCAACACAGGAGUUGAGGAUGGCGAGCAGGCUGGUGUCAAGGCAUACGUUGGUUCCCCCGUUGGUGUCUCGCCAAAACCUGAGAACGCAGUCUUUGUUCCUAUACCUUGUGAAUUGCGCUUCAAGGAGAGCGAGCGUAGUGGACUUGAUUUGCUUCUUUCUGCGUCUUCAAAUUCAUCCACGUCAACUUCGCAUCCAUCGACAGAUCUGGAUAUCCUCGAAACUGCCAUACAAUCCGCAUCUGACAUGAUUGACCGUGUUCUCACAUACGUUCGCUCUGUUCUCGCAGGCGAGACCAAAGGCGACCCGGCCGUUGGUCGGUAUCUCAUAGAUACACUUGGCGCAAGCUCAGAGGACCUCGAAAAGGGCGGCUUCCACGCCAGCCUUCAGGAUGCACUCAUGGUUUCAUACCUUGCCAACCUUGUUCGAUCACAAGCAGAAGUUUCAGCACGACUUGCACUCACUACUGCACCGUAGAGGUAAUAGAGGCGCCUGUUGUACACUAUAUACUACUUCAUUGAUGCUUUCCUUGAGUCCCCCGAAAUUCGCUGAUGUCCGUGUCAGCUGUUGAAUAUGCGCGAAUGUUGCAAGUCGUGACGGCUGGCCAGGAUUUCUCCAAGUGGCCAAGUCAUCGCGGGCCCACCCUCUGUCAUAACGUCUUCAUCGAACAAGGGGACUUGAUCUGACCCGGCUGA